AUGUGGCACCUGUUCGCACCGCAGCAUCCACGCCAACUGUGUGUACGAGAGACCAGGAAGUCGGAAAUCACAAGCUCUAAGAUCGAACUGCUAGAGCGUCGACUAGUUGAAUUGGAAGGCAGGAAAACACCCUUCCACGCUCCUUCGACAGCUAGCAUCAACGCCGGACCAUCCCUAGCGACCACAAAGUCGGAUUGGGAGUCGUUCGAACCAUCUUUGCCCGGCACGGAAUUACAGGUCCAGGUCCAGGCUGACGAAGAGCACGGCUCUCAUCAACCGAGCCGUCUGUCGGCAUUGCAAAGGGCUUCUAGUGUAAAUCAAGGGCGAAACUGCGAGCUUGACAUUGGACUUGAUCAUCGAAUCGACAAGAAUGAAGUCUCGCAGAAGGCCCUCUCCUCCCUGGCGAACUCGGACGCAAUUAGUGAUCGUGUCGAUGGCAUGGGUGCCGUUCCUGGUGAUAUGACGGAACUGACGGACCUUGACGCUGAAGAGAUAGGCUAUUUCGGAAAGUCGUCGACUCUGUCAUUUGUUGCCCAUGUCCAGAAGAUUCUGGUCAGCUCCAAGCCGGUUCCCUCGCCGGGCCAAAGUUCCAGAACCGCCACACAGCCAGCUAGAAGAGCUCUGCCAACGGUGGUGCCCAGCGAAGAGUACAGCGUCCCGCCGCGAAAGGAAGCCGAUGCCCUUCUUGACAGAUUCUGGAAGAAGGUCUAUCCGCUCUACCCGUUCCUCGACCGUGACCAUUUCUGCCGUCAGUACAACGACGUCUGGUCGUCCAGUCCAUUGGAGGCGUUGACAUCUUCGACGGUGAUCGAGUCGUCGUAUACCGAGCACGCCGGUCGUCGCCUCCAGCAGGACAAAGUGCCCGACUCCCGGAGGUUUCACAUUCUUCUGAACGCCGUCUUUGCAGUCAGUUGCAGCUGUGAUACACCCAACACGGGCCUAUCGCAGGCUCAUCGUGGCGAAUUCUACUGGCAACGGAGCAAGACGUUGUUAGAGCUGGAUUUUGAUAUAUUCAACCGUCCAAACCUCCAGUUCAUCCAGGCCAUGCUGUACGCAAGUAUCUACCUUCAAAGCUCCACAGAGCUUACUGGCGCUUGUUGGAAUCUAGUUGGCGUCUCCAUCAGGCUGGCCCAAGGCCUUGGCCUACACAAUCGAGGCAGCCAUAGAAUCGAAGGCACGACCUGUGUGGAUGUGGGCAGGCGGUCUCGUUCCCAUGACACGCUCUCCUGUGUGCGAUGCCGACUAUGGGCUGGAUGCGUGAUGAUGGAUCGCACCUUAUCAACGACUUACGGCCGUCCAGCCAUGAUCGCCGACACGCUUGCUGAACAGCUGCAGCUACUACCCCCGAGAUCCGUCGAAUCCGAGGAAGCUCCGACGCCGACCAGACCAUCCAGAGACAAUGGUCUUGCUUCGUUCGUGUAUUCGGUCAGACUCCAGCGCACGUUGAGCAUGAUCACCUCGACGCUUUAUGAAACCUCGUCUAGCGACGACGCUCAUCAACCCGACUCGACAUCGUUUGGCAUCGAGGUUUUCAGAGCUCCGCAUCUCAUGCAAAAGAUCGCGAACGGGGACUUUCGAAGUCUCGUCCAGCUUGAAGGUGAUCUCUGCGACUGGGAGACGUCGUUGCCGUGGUGUCUGAGGGUGCCGGCAAGCGUGCAGCUGCUCUCCCAGGGUGAAACAUUCACGCCGGCAUUCGACGUGCAAGCUGUCGCGCUGCGUGCUCGUCAUCUCUAUGCGCACAUCCUUCUCUUUCGGCCGAUCCUCCUGCAUCACGCCCAACCUGGAGUUGGUCUUCGAAGCAGAAAAGGACAUGACGCAGGAAGUGACGAUGAGAACAUCUCCUCGGCUCUAGGUUGCGCGUUGGUCGAUCAUGGAGUACACAUGUGUAUCAAAAAUGCCCAGGAACUGGUGCUGCUUCUUGAAUGGGUUCACCGGGCGUACCUCGAAGCCAUUCCAGAACCAUGGUACGUCAUUUUCUGGCUGUACACCUGUGGCAUGGUCUUCCUGCUCGACCGGCACUGCAACAUCAGUGGCAAUGACUGUACGUCAUUCUGGAAGCCGUGCCUCGGCACAUUGCGGUUAUACCAGUCCACGCACCGCACUGCUGUCCGCUCACUGAAACUCCUCGAGCUGAGCGAGAGGAGCCUUUUCCCGGCUCCUCGCGCUCAGGCUCGGGCUCAAACAUCAACAUCAGUCGCGCCACAAUCCCAACAGCCUGUAGAAGGCUCCGCAAGAUAUCAGAUGGCCGUCGGCGGCGGCGGCGUCAGAGUAGACCUCAACACUGAGGCCUUGGCGCCGGUCCAAGAACAGCCGCACAGCAUAAGCACGUGGAGCGGACCAGAAGGAGAGUGGCCCAGCCUCUACCUCGAUGAUCAGAUUGACUUUGCUUGGCUGGGGACUUUGCCCUUUGGCUUCGAUUCUGAUGAGAAUCUUGUCGAGCUUUGGUCAUGA